AUGGAUUCGGAAUCUUCGAAUGAUUCUUUAAAUACAAAGACGUGCAAAUGUCGUUAUUGUAAUUGCGAAUGUGGUUGCUCGGAGAUUUCCACGAAUUGGAUUCGUAAGGUGAAACGGAAACAUGACGAGAUGGAGAAGGCGAGAAAGGUGAAUGGUGGUGGUGGGGAUGGCGUUGUUCGCGUUGAAAUUGAGGAUGAAUGUAUUGCGUUACGAGAGGCUGUUAGUAGUCAGCAGAAAGCGAUUCAGGAUUUGUAUUCUGAAUUGGAGGAGGAGAGGAAUGCUGCUUCGUCUGCGGCAAAUGAAACGAUGUCGAUGAUAUUGAGGUUGCAGACGGAGAAGGCGGAGCUUGAGAUGGAAGCGAGGCAGUUUAAGCGUUUUGUUGAGGAGAGGACGUGUCAUGAUCAGCAGGAGCUUUUGGCUUUGGAGGAUUUGUUGUAUAAAAGGGAACAGGCGAUUCAUUCGCUUACUUGCGAAGUUCAGGCUUAUAAGCAUAGGUUGAUGAGUUAUGGGUUGACUGAGGCGGAGGUGGAAGGUGAUUGCGAGUUUCCGCCUUAUGAGUAUCCUCCUUUGAAAUGUAAUGUAAUGCAUGCUGUUGGGGAUGUUGAUAAUGAUGAUGUUUUUGAUGUUGAUGUUGAGAAGUAUGCGUUUGGGGAAACUCCGAGGGAUCGUUUGAGGAGCUUGGAGAAUAGGAUAUCUCAGAUGGAGAGAACUCCGACUUAUAGUCAAAUGGAUGGGGAUUUUAAUACGAAGAAUGUUAUAGAGAAGGUGAUUGUUGGACACUCUCCUAGAAGGAAUAAACAUUCGAGGAAAUUUUCAUGUGACUCGUCUUCAUUUGGCCCUGAGUUUGUGUUGGAUUCUCCGAGGAUCAAUGGUAGCUUUAGGAAGACUGAUUAUAACGGGUCAGAGGAUUUCUCCAAUACUAAGAAGGUGGAUAAUGUGUCUGAGGUUGGUGAUAAUACGACUGAUAGAGUUUACACUGUUGACUCUGAAUUCAAAGGGGGAGUUGGUGGUUAUGAUGAGUAUUCAACAACUCCAAGGGAGUUUGGAAAUCAGAGUGAUUUUGAAGAUCCAUAUGUGAAGAAGCUUUACAUGAGGCUUCAAGCACUUGAGGCAGAUAGGGAAUCAAUGAGGCAGGCCAUCAUUUCGAUGCGUACCGAUAAAGCACAGCUUGUUUUGCUCAAGGAAAUAGCUCAACAUCUGUGCAAAGAGAUGUCAGACCAGAGGAGAGUGACGACCGUAAGAACCUUUGUUGGCGGCUUCUCGUUCUUCACAGUUUUUAAGUGGGUGGCUUCAAUUGUUUUCUGGAGAAAGAGAGGUCAUCAAAUCAAGUAUAUGUUUGGGCUGCCAUCUAGCGACGCCGGCUUGCUAAUGCUGCUUGACAAAGGUCCCCAGCUAAGGUCGUGGAGAUAUGUUUCAAGAGCCGAAACAGGAGAAUAG